AUGGCGCACGCAACCGCCCCCGAGCCAAAUGGCGCCAUGACCCCGGACAGCGACUCCAACGACCAGCUCGCCGUCCCCAGCAAGCGGAAACGUGACUCCGGAGACGAGCCGCCCGCCGAGGCCAAGCAUCAGGUCGAGCAGAAGCCCACUGCACCCCGCCGGUGGCCUGCAGGCAACCAAAGGGACUUGAUCAAGUCGUAUUUUGACGUUUUGACAAGCCUCGAUGUCGAACACUCCAUCCUCAAACGCCCGCUGUCCGAAGCGUCGCCCGAUCUUGAGCCCGAUGCGAAACGGCAAAAGUCGUCGGAGCCGCCUUCGCGUUCCAGCGUCUCGGACAAGGUGGUGGCCGGCGAGUACGCAGACAUGGAGGACAUGGCCAAUGAUGUCCUCUCCGCCGUCAAGGCCGCGCUGUCCGACUUGGACUCCAAGCCAUCCGAGGACGCCGACAAGACGAUGACCGCCAAGGCGGCGCUUCGGAUACGUGACUUCAAGAACAAGGCCAUGCAGAUUCUUAAUCGUGAAAAGGCAUACCCCAACGUGGCAGCCGCGCAUUCAUCGGGCGACGCGGCCGCUGAAGCUGCCUCGGACGCCGGCGAGACGGUGCUCUCCGUCGUUGGCUACGCGCCACAGGAGAGGCGUCUGUUUUCGAGCCUUCCCCUUGCCCGCGGCACCGACCUUUUCAAGCUCACCCUGCCUCCGGGCGUUUCCAUCUCCCGAGUCGCGCCCUCGACGCCUCGGGAGAUGACGCAAACUCUCGGCGAGCUGUUUGCGCCGCCUCGGUCGCUGCCGCCGCUACAGCCCCCGAAGCAGCCCAAGACCCAGGCCAAGGGCAACAUUUUGGACUUUUAUCAUCCGGAACUCACCGACACUUCCAAGUACCGGACCAACUGCUACUACACCACGAAGCUCACGGCCGGCCACUAUCUCGACUACAGUAAUGCGACUCCAUCGUCCCAAACAAAAACGAAGCAGCGUGAACGGGCCCAGAGCCUGGCGGGCAAGAAGCCGUCUGCGUCGGAGCUGGAGAUGACGGAGAUGGAGGCCCUGUUCCGAGGCGCCUUUUCCAGCUUUGCACCGUGUAAGGACGACGCUGCUGCCGUGGUUCCGUCCAGCGUCGCCGGGCGAAUGUGGUGGCAAAAGUCUGGCCAGCGCAGCUUCCAACGGUUGAUUGAGAUUGAAUGCUACGGCGACGUCGACGAUGCCGACGCGCAAAGUACAAAACUGGCUGAACUGGAUGAGGCGGCCGUCCAAGAGGCCAUCGACAACUGGGAUGAAUCUGUCGUCGAUCCCACCCUCGAAGACGUCAUGGGCAGCGGACGGGACGAAGGCGAGAAGGAGGCCGAUGAAAUCCUCGACGAAGUGAGCGACAUGAUCGAGACGCUCGCCUCGUACCAGCGCAUCCGAAAUCUCACGCUUCCCAACUCUCAAAACCGCCAGUCGAGCGACCCGGUGACGGGAGACAUGCUCGCUACCGCUGGUCCCCAGCCGUCCGAAGAAGAGCAUGCGACCUACCAAAUGCUCAAGGCGCAGUUGGCGCUCAUCAUCAAGACGCUGCCGCCGUAUGCGGUGGCCAAGCUGAACGGCGACCAGCUGGACGAUCUCUUGAUCAGCACCAGGGUCCAGGUCCAGACCGACCAGUACCGGGGCGUCAUGGAAGAAGACGAUGUCGGUCUUCAAGCCCGGUUGCGAGCCCAGCAGCAGGCUCAGCAGGCUCAGCAAGCUCAUCAGCGCACCCCAAGCAUCUCGACGCCUUACGGGACCAAGUACCAGGCGCCGAACCACCCUGCGCCCAACUAUCAACAGCCGCGGAACAUACCCCCCUCUGCCCAUCAAGCUCGGCCCCCGCAGCCGAACCAGUACACCCGUCCCAACGGCUACCCGAACCAGUACGCCACCCAGCUGGCCAAGGCGCAGACGCCCUACGGACAUCAAAACAUGCCCCUGUAUGCAGGUCAACAGCGGCCAGGCUACGCGCAAAUGCCUCUGCAGCCGCAACAGCAGCCUCUGCAGCAGCAGCCGGCGCCGGCGCCGCCCCAGCAUCAGCUUCCGCCUCAGCAACCGAUCCAGCCCCAACAGGGCAACCCAAACGCGCGCUAUGCUUUCCCUCAAGGCUAUCCGCAACAGCAAGGAACCCCUGGUCAACCCAACUAUGGGGCAGCCUACACCAACGGCUCGGGCGCGCCACCUAGGACCAUGUCUCCCCAAGUCCCCCAGAGACCACCGUACAGCCCCUCGCCUAACUUGCAGCAGAAUCAGCGAUUCCCCAGCCAAGGGAAUGCGCCGAUGAACAGGUACCCGGGCAGUGCCGCGGGCCAGCCUGGAUCGAACCAGAACCCGGGCCUGACGGGAUAUCACACCGUGAUCCCCGAAGCCCAGCAGCAGCGGAUACUUGACCAGGCCAAGGCCCGCGUGGCGGCUCAAGAACGCACCGCCAUGUUUGCGGAUAAGAUUGCCCAGCCAGGAGCCUCUCCCGGCAUGGGCUAUGGCACCCCAGGGGUCGGCCAGCGGCAGGGGUCGAAUGGGACGCCAGGGGCAGCGUUUGUGCCGCCGCAAAAGGUGACUCCAGUUCCCGUCCCCGUUAUCCCCGGAGCAGGGCAGCAACAGCAGCAACGAAAGUCUGAUGCGUGA